AAUACGCAUGUAAAAUUCAUCUCUGACGAUAUUGUGAAAUCGUGUAUGCAUAACUACGAAACUUUUGAUUAGAUAGUACAUUCAAACUAUUCGAUAGCAAGCGUGUACAGUAUUUGAACUUAUGUUCACAUCGUAACACUCGAUAAGUCGAGAUUCGAACGCGUUCAACAACUUUCAGUAAACAAUUAACAAUACUGAAGUAUAUUAAUCGUACAAUUGGAAGCUAUGAUCAAAAGAAAAGACACAUAAGUUAUUGCGCUCAUCUGAAAAUAAAGUACAAAUAAGUUGUGCUUUGUUCUUUAUCAUUUAAGGUCAACAACUAACCAGUGCUAUUAACAUCUACUUAGAAAAAAAACAAAUUGCGAAUAUAAACGUAUAAAAGUGUGUAUAUUUAAUAAUUACAUGGACUAAAUUGAAAGUGUUUUGGUCACGCAUAAGUGAUUUCAACCAUCAUCUGGAUACAAAACGGCGACAGAAACAAAAUCUUUAACAAGAGCGCCUGCUUUUGAUGACCUCUACCCCGCUUUCCCAAGUACCGCAACAGCACACAGCGCCCUCUGGAUCUCUGACAUCACACAACACGUCACUAUCUACGUCAUGCUGUGAAAAUGGCCGACCAAUCAUAACUGACCCGCAUACCGGACAAAGCGUCUGCUCUUGCCAGUACGGAUCAGGGUUGUUAAGCGCAUACAGCAGGGUUCCCGGAUUAGGGGACAGCAUGUAUACGUCAUCACACUACCCCUCCCAGGGUUACAUGCCCUUGAACACAGACUCGUCUGCUUUCUACUCGCCAUUGAACCCAGCUCAUUACGAGAGCCUCAAGGAUGCCUCCGCAGGCGACCCCUGGAGAGGACUACCCCAGCCGCCCGCGUGCUACCCCUAUGACCCCACAAUGACUCCGUACCCGUACACGAACACCUACGGUGGCAUGGAUCUGAACGGCGCCGCCCGCCGGAAAAACGCCACGCGUGAGACGACAAACACACUGAAGGCGUGGCUAUAUGAGCACCGGAAGAACCCGUACCCGACGAAGGGUGAAAAGAUCAUGCUGGCAAUCAUCACCAAGAUGACCUUGACCCAGGUGAGCACGUGGUUCGCGAACGCGAGGCGACGCCUGAAGAAGGAAAACAAGAUGACGUGGUCGCCACGCAAUCGCUGCGGUGACGACGAGGACGACGAUGCGGAGAAGAAUGAUGACGACAGCGAGGAAGGGGCGGAAGGGAAGAAGGAGAAAAAGGACGACAACGAUUCGAACGACGCAUCGGCAGACGGCAGCGACUCACACCAUUGCCUGAAUAAAUCUGAACCUAAGCCCACGAACACCGCCAUAUACGGUGUUCCAGACGACCGACUCGGGCUCGACACCGGACUCGACAUGACGCCCUCGCCGCUCAAACCCCAGGCAACCAUGGUACCGGAAAUGCACCUCGGUGCGGAUCUCAAGCGACUUGGCUCCCCGUGCUCGAACAGUAGCGAUUCCGGGCUAAGCGACAUCAACGGAUCCAUGUCCACAAGCGGUUCGGACCCGUCCGAUCCGUUGCGUCCCCGGAUAUGGUCCCUCGCGCACGUGGCAACAUCAACUUCCGGUAUGAUGCCGUCUAUGUCAAUGAUGGAGCAGAAGGAUCAGAACGCGAAUCUGACGCCUCUCAAGCCAUCCAUGAACCCACUUCCCAUGACGUCACCUGCAUACACGAUGACGUCAUCAUCCGGCAACUCGCUAAGAACACCGUGGCUGGAUAGCUCGUUUAACAUGGGUCCGUCGCUGUUCUCGCCCAUGUCGGGCACAUACAGCUCCUUGGGCGGACCCCAGCGUCCCCGGGAGUCUCCGACGAGCAUGAUGAAUCAGAGCUUGAAUUCUCUGAACGGCCUGUCGUCGCCGGGGCUAAGCAGACCGUACCCAACUUUCUCCUCCCUGUACACUCCGGUCAGAGAUUUUACGAAGAGAAACCUUGACAUGCCCGAUCUACGGUCCUAGGGAAUUAAAACUGUUUUCGAUCGCGAUGUAAUGUAUAUUCGGUAUGAUUUGUAAGAGCAACCGAGACUUGCCCGACCUUAGGUCUUAGGAUUUUUUAAUGCUAGUCCUACACGAUUUCUAAAUUGAUCUAUUGGUCUAUGUUAACAGUAAUAUAUAUUUUGGGUCUACUUCCGCUAAGACUAUGGGACAUCGGUCACGUUAAAGCGUUAAACGAUCUGUUUUAUAUUUAAAAUUUAAACUUAUGACCACAGUUUAUAUUUUGUGAACGCAUACUUUUGUGCAACUCAUGUCGAGUAGAUCUAAAACAAAAUGCUAUUUAUUAUUAUUUAAAUUGUCUCGUUGAAUAUAUUUUUUGUUUGUGUUCUUGAUGCCUGCAAUAUUCAUUUUGUGAGCAAAACACGUGCUCAAUGUGCAUUUGCAUUAGCGUGCAAAACACGUGGGCUGUUUGCGAGUUAUUAUCGGGAUAUUUUGUCAUUCAACGAAUAUGGCUGCGCAUCAUGGACGUGAAUAGGUCAAGGUCAUUUGCGAAAGGGCUUACAUAAUAUUCUAGCGCGAGUCGUGAUAGUGAACAUAUGAAGGAAGUUACGUACGAAAUAUGACAUGAGUCGAUGACGUCGUUUCCGAAUUCGAACGGAAAUGACUGUGUUCCGUCUGACUGAACAAAGCUUACACAAUUUCGUAGGUUGUGGUCUUAAACGAGAUAACUAUUGUGACAACUUAUUUUGGUGCAAACUUUUAUUAAUUUAUUGUGGCAUGAAUGUGAACUAGAUCUUUUGUUAUGUAUCCAGGAAACAGCACGAACACUUCGGUGAUGAUGUUACGGACAUAGUUGGGAUAUAUGAAGGGACGCCAUAAAUGGAUGUGAGUGUAACGAAUUCAAGUUUUUCUAUUUACACAAAUGAAAAAUUCAUUUUCACUGCACAGAUGAAAACAGUCCGAGAAUUGUACAAUGGUGCUUCAAUUUUCCGAUUGCGGAAGGACUGCGUCAGUUUCGGAUUAUGGUACCGAACUACGGGGAUAUCAAUAAAACGUAUUUGGUAACGUUUGGACUUUUUGUCGUAAGUUUAUAUUUUCGGUCUGAUAGAAUUGCAUACGGGUGACUCAUAGAAGGGUAUCUAAUAUGAUAAGCGUGGUUAGAGGGCUUUUGACGUCAUGUUGUGUACUUCAUAGUUAUGUACAUGUUUUUUGCUUAGUUACAUUGGAAGCUUUUCUUUGUUGAUUUACUAGUGUUAUUUUCUCUUCGAACGCAUGUAUGUCUGAUUUAUUUAUGUUAAUCGUUAUAAUAUGAUGAUCUUUGCUUUGUUUAAUGUGCAUAAAACACACAAGACGCCAAUUUAUAGUGUAUCUUAAUAAAACAUCACCAUACAAUUUAAAAAUAUUCUUGAAAAACUGAAAUUGUAGAUUAAACAAAAUGCUGUUCAACCUGUUUAAUUGCAUACAUCAUAUUAUAAUAAGCAUGUUCAACGAAAGUUUUUGGAAUUAGUAUGGAAUUAAAAGGCAGAAUGUAAAAUAACUCGUCUUUGCGUACGUCAUGUAAAAUGAAAUAAAGAUUCUGGAAAACCAUUUCAUCACCGUUCGGUCAAUAACGCUGUCAAUUUUAUCAGGUUUAACAUAGAUUUUCUAAAUGCGAAUACACGAAAGAUAUUAAUCUCCAACAAGUGAACACGUUUUACAAAUAUAAUUAAGACGAAUCGGCUACAUUUUCGUUUUCCAUACUCGUUAACCCUUAUUAACGUCAGAAAACAUACAGCUAUGAAUAUACAAUAUACUGUUUAGUGUUUAAUAAAUAUUUCUGAUUUCCUAUUUGCCAUGCGAUGCAUCAUACGAAAUUGAUAUAUUGCACAGACUUACGGACAUAUUACAAGUACACAAAAUACGCGCAAACUGAUUUUGAUCGAUUAGAUCGCGUAAUGAAUUAUUAUCUUGUAAAACUGCAUUAUGUUUUGCUUUUUUGUUCAUUUUGUUUUAGAAUAAAACAAGAGAUAUCGGGUGUUUUCACAAUAUAUGUGCAUAUAUGGACAUGCGUGUAUGUACCAGAUUUAACCCAUUAAGCAUAGCGUCUAGAAAAAAAGGCCUUAGCAAACAGCGUAGACACAGAUGAGACGUCGCGUGAUGCGGCGUCACAUCGGGGUCUGCGCUGUUAGCUUAAAAGGAAUUUCUGUAAGAAAUAUUCAUAAUAUAGAAAUAUAUAUAUACAAGACAUCUCUAAUUUUGGAAAUAAAUUGAUCCAAUUUGAAGGAUGGGAGAGUCCAUUAGGCAUAAAUGAGUAAAUACUUUAAACGAAGUUUGACACAAUUUAACAUUUCCCGUUUUGGUAAUCUAGCGAAUCCAAUAUGAAUAAUUAUGUUGAAAAAAUAUUUUAGCAUAUAAUUAAAAGGUAGGCCAUCGUCCUCAAGUUUCAUUUGCAGAAAAAACAACCAUAAAAGUAUACUCUUCUACGAAUAAUGUUACUAUCCGAAUACUGUCACUUUUAGGUGUGUCUGACACGAGCUUUCACACUCGGCACGUUCUGACUUUUAUCGAUUUGCGAUUAUGAGUGCGUAAUAAAUAAUCAAUAACUAUGUACUUAUGAGCUCAUAAAAACUGCUAAAUAUACUAAUCGAUUAUUUGGAUCGAUUGCCACGUCAGGUUUAUGACAGGAAUCAUUGCCCCAGUUUUUCUGUUCUGUUUCGUGUAUGCAUAUGAAGUUUUCUUAGAAAGAUAUUUUGGGAUUUGGAAUUUGAACUAUUCACAACACACUUCAAAAAACAUUUUACUAUUUCGAGUCACUGUGACCUUGACCUUUGACCUAGUUACCUGAAAAUCAAUAGGGGUCAUCUGCCAGUCAUGAUCGAUGUACCUAUUAAGUUUCAUGAUCCUAGGCCUAAGCGUUCUUGAGUUAUCAUCCGGAAACCAUCUGGUGGACGGACGGACCGACCGACCGACCAACAGACCGACGGACCAACCGACAUGUGCAAAACAAUAUACCCCCUCUUCUUCGAAGGGGGGCAAAAUAAGAAUUUUGAGGACAUUUCAUGUUUUGAUAGCAUCUCUCAAAUUUGAUUAUUAUCAUUUGAUUUUUAAAAUGACGACACACAUAUUUUUGGAAAAAUUGUUUGAAGAUGGUUAUGUUGCAUGAUAUAACAUAAAAGACGACUGAUAUUUCUAAAUGACGUAUCUGACUUGUCUAUAAGCAAACAAUGUGGGAGGAGUCUGUCUCAGUCACGUGAUAAACAUAUGUAUAGUUAACUUAAAAUUCUUCAAAAAGACUUCACCAUAUAUUUGUGUCUUACACACUUUUAUUUAACGUCUUUAACAAAAAGAAAAUAACAAAAAGAAACCUUAAAGAUAGAAGCGUCUGUCAACGCUUAAACGUGAGGUCAUCGAUAUCAAUUCAUUUAUUGCUUAUAAGGUCUUUGUUCUUUUAUUUUUUGUUGAAACGUAAACACGUUUGGAAAAUUGCACAUUCGAAAAUCUCAAAAUAUCUUAUAAUUCCGUUCUCACAAUGAUGUUCAUAAUUUUACAGUUUGUACCUGCCGUGAUGUAUCUGUCUUAAAAUUUGACGCGUAUGUGUUUACUUCUAAAUAGGGAGCUCACAGAAUCACUUGGGCGCAACGAUUUGUAUAAAAUACAAUUGCCCCGUUAAGUCUUCGCGACGCCAUUAUAUUUGUGUUCGACAAAAUAGUUUGUGACAUAAAUGUUGGAAACAUAAACACUGCCACUGUGCAUCAGUAAUUUCGUAUGUCAUUCCAAUUUGUACAGCGUGUGUUGAAAUUAUUUCUGUCUCCAGUGUUUCAAUUUUAAUAUUUGUUUUAUUCUGAAAAAAUAAACCAUUAGAUACGUG